UCACAAAGCAGCCGGCUGCAGGACCAAGGGCUCAGUCACAGACAGAGACAGAGUGGAAACCUCAUGUCAAGUCUCCUUCUGACCCUCAGAGCAUCAGCAUUUUAACAGAUUCUCUUAUUCAUUGUGUCCCUGCCACACACUGGGCUCUCUGUCUCCAGAUAACGAGGUCGAUGGCAGUCAUUCUUCUCAAUAUCUGAUUCCCAGGGACGAAAAGUUGGCCUCAUCACUACUACUCGUGUUUUGGAGUCGGGGGAAAAGUGACACAUGGACACUGCCAGGUCGCACACUUGUCAUUGAGAAACUUUUUUUUUGUGCCACAAAAAUCCGGCUUUUCAAGCAAUUCUAUAUAUUUUUUUGGCAUCGCAGUAUUUUUAAUUUUUUUAUCAAGGAUGCUCGUCUCUGCAUGGAAUAGAUGCUGUGUUGUGAUGUUUCUCGUCGCUGCGCUGAGGACGGGGACGUCCCAGGUAUCAGAGACUCGCCCGAAGGCGAACUCCAUCAAGCCGGGUUUGGUGGACGAGGCACCCACGACCGCUACGAACCGGUCCUCCACUGAGCACGUCGGGAUCACGAAGAAACAUCACAUCCUCACGCAGGUGUAUCCGUGCAGCAGUGACCAGGAGUGCACAGUGGGCAGCUACUGUCACAGCCCUCAACAGGCUCCCUCCCGCUGCCUCACCUGCCGCAGAAGGAAGAAGCGCUGCCAUCGGGACGCCAUGUGCUGUCCCGGGAACCGCUGCAGCAACUAUAUUUGUGUCCCUAUCUCAGAGAGUGUGCUCUCACCUCACAUCUCAGCGUUAGACGAGAAUUACAAACACUCCACUAAAGACCACAACUGGAAGAAGAGCAGCAAAGCACAAGCUAAGCAUUCUCUGAAAGGGCAUGAGGGUGACCCCUGCCUGCGCUCAUCCGACUGCUCGGAGGGCUACUGCUGCGCCCGCCAUUUCUGGACCAAAAUCUGCAAGCCGGUGCUGAGGCAGGGAGAGGUGUGCACUAAGCAGAGGAAGAAAGGCGCUCACGGCUUGGAGAUCUUCCAGCGCUGUGACUGCGCCAAGGGCCUCUCCUGCAAGGUGUGGAAAGACGCCACCUCCUCGUCCAAGUCCAGGCUCCACAUGUGCCAGAAGAUCUGAAGCGGAGGCAGCUGCUGUCGGCAUAGAAGCCUCCGUCUCCAUCUGCCAGGGAAAGUUUUUUUAAAGGAUGGGUUGUGGCUGUAUUGAAAAGGAGCAAAAGACAGAGACUAACAAGAGACAGAACAGACUGUGUGGGUUCAAGCCCGCUACUCAGCAAGCGCAGAGUGAAUGGGAAUGCUUUAAUGUGUCUGCUGUGAGUGUUUCAUCCUUGUAACCACAUACGGUACAAACAGGCACCAUCACACACACACAUAGUAUGUGACCUCAUAGCUUGAGAUCAAUGAGCUCAUGGUGUGUUGGCUCACAGUUACAACAAACCUUUCUACACAUUCUCGUUGACAUUCAGGGAGCCACAGAGUUAGCCAGUAGAUGCUGUGAUAGGUGGUGUUUCAAGAUGGAGGCAGUAGACGUAGCAGUUUCAUCAAGCUUCAGCUUAUAAUAACAAGAGAGGUAGACUAUUUACAUAGAAGGCAUAUUUUUUACUGCACAUUCUUUACCAAAGUCCAAGAUUGAAGUUUAAAUCAGACGAUUAAUAUCCUGCAUUUCACUACAGGAUCUGAGUUUUGCAUCUUUUGUCUCAUUCAGAAUCCCACAACGAGUAACAAUGUCCAGACCCCAUAAAUUCCGGUCAUAUCAUAUGAGGAACUAAUUGCAAACACUGUUCACUCCGGCUUGACUUGUGUGAAGAAUGGAAGAACAUUUACAUCGCAGUGAUGGGUUUCAUCUGGGGCAUUAGCUCCUCGCCCCAAUUUUUAGCCACAAGAAGAGCGAUAACGUUCUGUGUCUGUUGUGGAAAGCGCUUUUGAUCCGUCAGAUACAGCUGCAAUCUAUUGUGAUACAAAUGUGCGGGGUUAAAACAGUUUACGCCGAGGUAGUGCCCUGCUGCAGACUCGGUGGUUCCGAUACCAGACGGAGAAUGGUUCUGCUUUUCCAAUCACAUGAUUCAAGGAUACGAUGGAAGCGCAAUUUUUUCCGUUUACAAAGCCAGUAGGAAAGGACACGUGCAGAUUGAUUCGAUUUACAAACAUGCUUCAUAAACCUGACGUUUUCAAAGAGAAUUACAGGAUAAAUCAACAUUUUGUGUAUUGUUCUGUUUUUUUCAAAUAUGACUUGCAUACUUUCUUCUUACGAAAUACUGUUCAGUUAGAAAAACUAAGCUGGAGGUGAAGCAAUGCUUCUGUCGGUACCACUCCUUCAAACAACCACUUGUUACCUACAUAGUCAACAUUAUAUCACAUUCGCCUCCUUUUGCUUUCGUGUUGUUUGAGCAUCAAAUCCACAUAUUUUGUAACCAUUUGAAAUAUCAAUAAGCUCUUAUAUUGUAAAUAGAUUGGAAACAAUGAAAAUGUAUUUAAGAAUUGAUGUAUAUCAUGUACAUAUAAUAAAAAUAUGAAUCCUGAACAUUACAGCAAAAAUGAUCUAGGUGAGAAGAGUAAAGGGAAGAGACGGGACAAGUCGGACAGAUUCAAAAUAAUGUAGUCAUGAUAAAAGCUGUGUAUAGAGAGUAAAGGCGUGGGUAGCUAUGACUGAAGCAUUGAAAGGAUGGUUCCUUUAGACAAUGAAAAGCACAUUCAUUUCCAAAAUAGUCUGUGUAAAUGGUUUCAAGAAUUAUGUCCCACUAAAUAUUGUUUGUGUGAAUACUUCCCAUGAUUUUUUUUGUUUGUGUAUUUACAAUGAUGAAUGAAUAAAAGAAUGUAUUUUGUAA